AUGAUAAGGUAUAGCAUUGCUCCUUGGUACGGCGGCGCACUCUACGUGGUGACCCUCAUCAUCCAGCGAGUACAGUUCCGGUGGUACAACUAUGCCUAUGUGGCUGCUGCGACGUUGUGGCUUGCGCCAGCGAUCCUACUGUGGUUCUCCUACAAGUUCGACCCUGCGAACAACAUCCCGGAUGAUUUCUAG